CAAAAUACCAAGCGAAUACCAAAAAUCCUGAAAGACAGUCACACCUGCACGCACCUCUAUUAUUUUGUUAACAUCUUGUUGAAAUUCUGAAUUCUUUCCGUAAAUUGUGAAAUACAGAGUCCUCCAAGAUGUCGCGCCACAGGAUAGUGCGCACAAUGGACUACAACGACGAGUACGACGGGUACGACGACAUCUACGGUCAUUCGGUGGAGGACGAGCACUGCAUUUCGCCCACGGAUGCGCAGCAGUGGCUAUAUGAUCGUGCCCGUGGCCAGCAGAGCAUCUCGGCGUUCAUCAGCAAGAACAAGGACAUCCAGGAGGAGGAGGACGAUGAAGAUGAGGACGCAGCCUUCGAGAAGGCGCGUCGUGACUCUGAGAGUUUCCAGAUGCCGCAGCUGGACGAGAUUGAGCAGGCCAAGCUUAGUUCCUGCGUAGAUGAAGUGCGCAGUGUAGUGGGCGAUGCCGUCUCCGAGCGCCGCAUUGUGGAGACCUCCAUGAAGUUCGAGUACGACAUGCAGAAGAUCCUAGACGAGAUCCUGAACGAGGAAACCAAGUCGGCGAAGCCCGCCGCGAGUCGCAUUAAGGUGCCUGCUGCCCCAGUGCUGCCCAAAUCCUCCAGCAAAACGGCUCCCACUCCGCCGCCCAAGAUUAACCUUAAGGAGCCACGCCGCGGCUUCGAGAUAGCCUCGCCCAAGGUACCCUCAUCGCCCGUGGUCUCGGGCAGAAACACGCCCGUAGACAUCGGCGGCGAUGAUAUCUCCCGGAGCUCAGCGUCGCUCUUCAAGGUCUCCAAGGAGCAGGCCCUUCGUAAUGCCCGCCAGCUGUACGAGAAGGAGCGGGCCGACCAGAAAAGCCACAUCCACAUGAUCGUCAUUGGCCACGUCGACGCCGGGAAAAGUACGCUGAUGGGUCAUCUGCUCUACGACACCGGGAACGUCUCGCAAAGGGUGAUGCACAAGCACGAACAGGAGUCCAAGAAGCUGGGUAAGCAGAGCUUUAUGUACGCCUGGGUGCUGGACGAGACGGGCGAGGAACGGGCUCGCGGCAUCACCAUGGACGUGGGCCAGUCGCGCAUUGAAACAAAGACAAAGAUAGUUACACUGCUGGACGCUCCGGGGCACAAGGACUUUAUUCCCAACAUGAUCUCUGGUGCCACGCAGGCGGAUGUGGCUCUUCUGGUGGUGGAUGCCACGCGAGGAGAGUUCGAAUCCGGCUUUGAGCUGGGCGGACAGACGAGGGAGCACGCCAUCCUGGUGCGAUCCCUUGGAGUUAACCAACUAGGCGUGAUUAUCAACAAACUAGACACCGUUGGGUGGUCGCAAGAGCGCUUCACGGAGAUUGUUACCAAGCUGAAGUCCUUCCUCAAGCAGGCGGGCUUCAAAGAAUCCGAUGUGAGUUUCACGCCCUGCUCGGGACUGACCGGCGAGAAUCUCACCAAGAAUGCCCAGGAAUCCGCCCUGACCAGCUGGUACAGUGGUCCUCAUCUACUAGAUGUCAUAGAGAACUUCAAGAUCCCGGAAAGAGCUAUUGACAGACCGCUGCGCAUGUCCGUGUCGGAUAUUUACAAGGGCACUGGCUCGGGAUUCUGCAUCUCGGGUCGAGUGGAAACCGGAGUGCUGUGCCUGAACGACAAGGUUCUAGUGGGUGCCAGCAGAGAGCAGGCCCAGGUCAAGUCCUUGACCAUGAACGAGUUCCCACAGACGAGUGUUUUCGCCGGGGAUCAGGUAUCCGUGACACUGCCCGCCUUGGACAUCAACAACGUGACGGUGGGCUGCAUCAUCAGCGACCCCCAGACCCCUAUACCGGUUACUACUCGUUUUCAAGCCCGCAUCAUCGUGUUCAACGUCAAGGUGCCUAUUACCAUGGGAUUCCCAGUGCUGCUGCACCACCAAUCGCUGAUAGAGCCUGCCGUGGUCUGCAAACUGACUGCCUUAAUCCACAAGAGCACCGGCGAGGUGGUCAAGAAAAAGCCGCGAUGCCUGGGCAACAACUCGUGUGCUUUGGUGGAACUGGAGACCAGCAGGCCCAUCUGCAUCGAGCGGUAUGCAGACUUCAAGGAGCUGGGACGCGUGAUGCUGCGGGUGGCAGGCGUUACCAUUGCCGCCGGAAUGGUCACCAAAAUCCGCUGAGGGAACACCAAUGCUGAAUUUUGUACGAAAUUUUAGUUAGAUAUUUACUUUUGUUGUUUUGCUAAAUAUACAUAGUUUAUAUGAAUUGAUUAAAUCACAAAGAGUUUGGAGGAGUUGAAUUGACACG